ACUAAAAACGGAACUAAACUUUUCUGGUUUAUGGGAAAUGUGAUAAGGUUCCUGAUGCUGUUAUGUUAUUGAAGUCACUGGCACUGAGUGCCUGCACUCUAACAAGAGCUGCUACUUUCCUAAAAUCUGCACCAGUGGGCGUCCAGGCAACUGCUCUCCUUCACAUCGCAGUGCGGAAGUCUUCUCUGGUGGAACAAGCAAACAUGAGGAUUGAACUUGUUCCAGCUCUCAGUGACAACUACAUGUACCUGCUGAUCGAUGUGGACUCCAGAGAAGCAGCUGUUGUUGACCCCGUCGAGCCAAUAAAGGUUGUGGAGGCUGUUAGAAAACAUGGCGUAAAACUCACUACAGUUUUGACUACUCAUCACCACUGGGAUCAUGCUGGGGGAAAUGAGAAGAUGGUGAAGCUGAUGCCAGGACUUAGAGUCUAUGGAGGAGAUGACCGAGUUGAUGCUCUCACAAAGAAAGUCUCUCAUUCCCACAGUUUCAAAGUUGGAUCACUCAAUGUCAAAUGCCUUUUUACACCAUGUCACACAACAGGUCACAUCUGCUACUAUGUGACAAAAGAGAAUUGCAGUGAACCACCAGCUGUUUUCACAGGGGACACACUGUUUGUGGCGGGUUGUGGUAAAUUCUUCGAGGGCACAGCAGAGCAGAUGUACAGAGCCCUGAUAGAAACUCUGGGACGCCUGCCUCCUGAAACACGUGUGUACUGCGGUCAUGAAUACACGGUCAGCAAUCUGAAGUUUGCUCGUCAUGUGGAACCAGACAAUGAAGUCGUUCAGAAGAAGCUAGCAUGGGCAAAGGAGAAAAGCAGCAAUGGAGAACCUACUGUUCCGUCCACUUUGGCAGAUGAAUUCACCUUUAACCCCUUCAUGCGAGUAAAAGAGAAGUCAGUCCAAGACCAUGUGAAGCAGACCGAGCCGAUCGAGACCAUGAGAAGUCUCCGUAAAGAAAAAGAUGGCUUUCGUGUGCCCAAAGAGUGACUCCCAAUUCUUUCAUGCUGACUGCAAGUUAUGACAAUACUCAAGAAAGUAUCUGCAAAUUCUGUAUUCACUUUCAGUUAAGGAGCAAGGUUUUGACCGCUUUGUUCAGCACAUGUGUUCUGGUUGUUGUUGUAUUUGUAUUUCUUUUGUUUGGCAGCGUUAAGGAAUAUAUGGCCAUAAAUUCAAUGCUUUAAAUUGGCAACAAUUCUUUUAAAUUUCUUCACGUUUUUUUUUUUGAAUAUACGUAUCUAAUAUUAUUUUGUAAUAUAUUGAUGUAUAAAAUUUAGUCUUGUUGACGUUGAAACAAAACAGGGCACUCUUUCUUUUAUUCUUUUAUUUUUAUAUUUCCAUUGCAGUUGAACUACUUUGGGGGAAAUCUUCAUCAAACACUAACUGUAUGUGUAGAUUCUUAUUCAUCCAGGUCAUAGUUAUCUAAAAGUCAUUAUCGGUAACAACUGGGCUUGAAGAUGUUUCACUGCUCAUUCAGUUCUGAAAGUGUGUGUGAAAGUCAGGGAAUUAACCUCUGUGAAAUUUGGACAGCGCUUACUGUAACUUCAGUGUGUUGCCUGUUUCUAAUGAUGUAGGUGUGUAGUUUCAUUAAUUAAAAAUAUUUGUUCAGUAUUUCCUCUAUGACCUGAGCACAGACUCCGCCGGACACAGUCACUGGACUGAAAUACAGAGGCAGGGUUUGUGACGCCAGUCGCGAUCAGCAGUGCUGUCGCUAAAUACACCAGACUCCUCUGUUAAAUAUUAUGAUUUUAGACAUUUCCCUGGUAAUUGUUGGAGAUUAACCCACGUUUUUAGGAUUGCACACAUUUUAAUUUAGGUCUUUUUAACUGAUAUACAGUUGGGCCUUGUUCAGCUUGAUUCUUGUGUCGGACGUCUCUUCCUGUGACGGCACUCUGACUAAUCAGUGGCCGGCAGUCUGGCGACAUCACACAUAGCAUUACUUCAGCUCUCUUGGAACCAGGUACUAUCGCUAGUGGAAACGCAAAAUAACCGUGCUGUGCCGAGGCGAGGCGAGCCGGUGGAAACACGCCACAAACACCUUGUGUAAUUUAGCCUCACGACCACAGGCAUGCCAUGGGAUCUCCGGUGACUUCAAUACUUAAAUGACCAUCCUUAACAACCUGGAACUCCCCAACGAUUGUAGUUGUUCUCAAAGUUGUUCUGUUACACCUUGAAUCAUCAGUCGUUACAAUGAGCAUUGCCCACGUUGCACAGCAGUUAAAUUGCUGAGUUUCACCUCAAACUCGAACAUCUUCAGGAAAUCUAGUAGUCCAGUUGCUACUGAUUCAAUGACGAACGGGAUUCUCAUUCACCACAGAAAGGUUUUGCUCAUCUAAUUGGAACACAUGUAAUAAAUCCAUGUAUUACUAUAGUAUAAACAUACUCAUGUUCAUAACACAAGUAAAAUGUGUUACUCUUGCGUAAGAUGGUGGGAAUUCCAUUUCACAUUAAGCGAAGGCCUGAGUGCAGUAGUUAAACAUCAAAAAGGGAGGUCAACUUCAUGAAGUUAUUGUAGUGCUUGAGUCCAGGACUCUCACUUGAAAUGAAUGUGUCCACUAAUAACUUGUGUUUGAGCAUUGACAAUGUUUGGAUUUAUAACAGACCAACUCAAUUUAGCUUUUAAUGCUGAAAUGUUGCUAUAUUACUUGUGGUAUGGUACAAUAUUGCUAUGAUAAUGUUGUAAAUAUGAAAGCACAGGUACAGUACUUAUGGUCUAGUUAUUUCUUAAUGCUAUUCACAGCUGUCACUUUGAAAAAUCUAAUGUUCAGAAUCCUCACACUGUUCACUUCUAAAUAAUGUAUGCAGUUCAUUCACUUAUGUCUUACUCAAUCAGUAAAUUUGUUGAAAUACU